AUGUCUUCACCCACCUUUAUCAAUGUUGCGUCGUUGGUGCCAGACCAACACCACUGCAACCUCAAACUUCGGGUCCUCUCCGUCGAGACCAUCGCAGAGACCAUCCACCCUGAGACUGGUAAAAUUAUUCAGUCUGCAGAGGCCAUCGUUGGAGACGACACCGCAUGUAUCCUGCUCAACCUCAAAAAUGAUCAAGUCAACCUCCUGGCUCGCAAUGCAAGACUGCAGAUCCUCAAUGCAAACGUCAACAUGUACCGCGGAUUUAUGCGUCUAGAAGUCAAUGAAGACGAGGACAGCAACAACAGCAACAGCAACGGCAACGGUGAUGGGGAACAUGAGCGGCCUUCGAUUACAACCAUCAUGGACGAGGACGAUGAGGAUGGUCAGGAUAGUGUAUUGAGUCGGGAUGGAGACAAGAUGGCUUCGACGACUACCUUGACGACUUCAACCUACCCACAGAGUCUAAUCACACAUGCGGCAGCAACGCAGGCUGCACAAACAGCAGCAUCGGCAGCGUUGUCAUCAUCAUUGACAAGACCAGUAGGACUACCAUCAUACAACUCCAGUGGAGCUAUGACAACAGUCGCGGCAGCAUCGUCCUCCAUGUCAACAGCAACCAUCGUAUCUGGGUCUUCCUCCAACUCCUUGGCAUCUACAGCCUCUUCUUCAUCAUCAUCAUCGUUUGCAAGCAGAGAUCAGAUGGAGGUGGAGAUGCGGUUGGGGACAGGAGGCAGUGUACCAUUGAUGGAGUACUACCGCUCCAUUGAGUUUACCUACUUUUCGACAGUGGAGCCAGUUGGCCGCUAA